CUCAGGGAGCACGCAGCGCGGCGAUCGCCGGUGCGCUAUGUCCCUCGGACACAGCGGAUCACGAAUCACGGAAAGAGCCGAAGAUGUCAGCUCGGUCAUGUGAUCAGCUGUGUCCAAUCACAGCUGAUCACAUGGGACAUGUACACUGAUGAUCAGGGCACUGAUGAUCAGUGUGCCCUGAUGAUCAGUGUGGCCCCAGAAGUGCCACCUGUCAGUGUCCAUCAGUGCCAGCAGUCAGUGCUCAUUAGUGCCACGUGCCAGUGCCCAUCAGUGCCACAUCAAUGCCACAUAUCAGUGCAUACCAGUGCACAUCAAUGCCACAUAUCAGUGCCCAUCUGAGCUGCCUUUCAAUGUCACCCAUCAGUGCCAGUCAGUGCCACCUAUCAGUGCUGCCAAUCAGUGCCACCUAUCAGUGCCAGUCAGUG